AUGGCAACGUGUCUCAUUUUGUACCCAGAGUGUGGCCUCCAACCAUCUUACGAGUCCUUCCUGGAGACUGGCAAGAAGAGGACAGCGGGGAGAUACGCCAAGGCUGGGGAGUUCCCGUGGCACGUGAGCAUCCAGAGCCACGGGGAACACAUCUGCGGAGGCGCCAUCAUCAGCGCGUUGUGGAUUCUGACUGCGGCCCACUGCGUUGCAGAAGAAGUGCCACCAGACCUCACUGUUGUGGUGGGGGGGACUGACCUCAGCCACCCGCUGGAAGAACAUAAACCGGAAAACUUGAUCAUCCACAAAAACUUUGACAGGAUGAGCAUGGAAAAUGACAUCGCUCUGAUCUUGCUGGGCUCUCCCAUCGAGUUCAGCAGUGAGAAAGUCCCCGUCUGCUUGCCCUUCAUCCACGACAUCGACACGUGGCAGCAGUGCUGGGUUGCUGGGUGGGGAUCCGCAAGUGGAGGAUCCCACGUGCUGCAGAAGGUGCGGAUGAAGCUCAUCAGCAGGGAGCAGUGCUUGAAGCAGAUCCCCGAGCUGGCGGAGAAUGCGCUGUGUGCUAAGCUGGAGAAAGGAGAAAGAGAAGCCUGUGAGAUGGACAGCGGGGGACCUCUGGUUUGCAGCUACUGGAAGACCAUGAAGUGGUUUCAGGUCGCUAUCGUCAGCUGGGGAGAAGAUUGUGCAGAAGAGCCAAACCAUGAGAUCUUAGUAUCUGUUUACAACUACCGCGACUGGAUUGAGACUGAAACAGCCAAGAGGGGGAAACCUUUCUUCACUGAAGGCAUAGAUAUCAGUGCACAUGCCAGGAUGGCUCCUUCCAGGGUGGUUCCUUCCAGGGCUGAGACACAGCUGGUGUUUCUUGAGUAUCCUCUUCUUUUAUUUAUCUCUUUAAUAGCAUUUAGAGUACUCUAGAGAGGAUUUUUCAAAACAUAAUAAAAGUCAGAACUACCAUCUCAUUCUUCUUUUGCUGCUUACCCAUAUAGUCGUGUCUCAGGUCAACCUGCCCCAUCUUGCUGAUGUGGACACAGACACCAAAAUGAGACCCCGCGGUGAGUCAGAGGAGCAAGGGAGAUGCUGGAAAGAUGCAAUGAGAGAUCCAGGACACAGGCAAGAGAAGCCAUAAUCCUCUGAAAAAACCACAGAUUUUCCAAACUGGUGGGUCACAUCGGGCCCAGUUGUUUGCUGAGCUCACAUGCCAAGUCAAGAUGUGGCAUCUGAAGGAGCUGCUCCCCUUGGAAAGCUGAAACCCUAAGAAAGGUCUUAGCUUUUUCAGUAUCUUAGCUGUUGGCAGGAUAGCUCUGGGUUAAUGUAACUUCCAGCUAAUUAUUGGCUGAAUUAAUAUAUUUUCUAUCUUACCCCACCUCCUCUCUUUCCUUGCCUGUCCCUUCUGAAAAGUUGGUAGCCAUCAAUUGCAGCCCUCCAGUUAUGCGAGUCGUCCCACCACGUUUCUGUGAUGGCAACUAGAUCGUAGUUUUCUUCCUGCAUGAUGGCCUCCAGCUCCUCCUGUUUGUUGCCCAUGCUGCGUGCAUUCAUGUAGAUACACUUCAGCCGGGCUAAUCUUCCCACUAUUUUUCUGGAAGGACUGGCACAUUUACCUAAUAGCAUUGGUGCGCUGUUCCCGGGCACCACUUUAGUAGCCCUGGUUCCAACCCCGUCCCCCUUCAAAUCUAGUUCAAAGCUCUCUUAAUAAGCCGUGCUAACUCCUGUCCCAUUAUGCUUUUUCCCCUUUGGGUUAGGCUUCCCCCAUCUGCUGCAAGCAUGCCUGAUGACCUGUAGAUCAUUCUGUGUCCAAAGAAGCCAAAGUCCUGCUGUUUACUCCAGUCUUUUAACCGUGAGUUGAUUUGUUGUUUCUUCUUACUUAUCCCUUCGUCCAUCCCUAUGUCUGGUGGGAUAGAAGAGAACACCACCUGUGCUCCUGACCCCUUGUCCCAGAGCUCUGAAAUCCCUUUUCAUUGCCUUGAGGCUUUUGGUAGUCACCUCAUCGUUGCCCACUUGAAAUAUCAGGAGAGGGUAAUAAUCUGAUGGAUGAACCAGGGAGUGGAUUUUUCUUUGUAUAUCCUUGGUCCUGGCCCCAGGGAGGCAAGUAAUCUCCCUGUGGGACGGGUCUGGCCUACAGAUUGGGCCCUCUGUUCCACUGAGAAGGGAGUCCCCUAUUACAAUCACCCUCCUUUUUUUCUUUGUUGAUGAGGUCCUGAGGCACCUGGGUGGGUGACCCAUCCAGGGUGCCUCACUGGGGAGAUCGUCCUCUCCAGUCUCCUUUGCCUCAUCCCCAAAAUCCAGGACUCCAAACCUAUUUUGCAAUUGUAACUGGGAGUGUGAGGGAGGCUGUUGAGGGUUCCGCUUGCCUCUCUGAGGGAGGACCAGCCUCCAUUCCCCCCUUUCCAUUAAGUCCCCUUUCUCUGCCUGGUGACAGGGCAAAAGGGGAUCAUCUACUUUUAUUAGUGCCUCAUCAUGCUGCCUUUGUCCCAGGGUAUGGCUCCACCAGUCUAUUUCGUUUUCGUAUUCUCUAAUGCGUCUUAACCUUUCCACCUCUUCACGCAGUUCUACCACCUGUCUGAGCAGGUCAUUUAUCUGCUCACAUCGCACACAACGGGUGUCCCUGGGUCCCUGUGGUACCGCAGCCAGGCUCAGGCAUUCGGUGCAGCCAGGGCCCUGAACGGCUGCAUCUUUGCGGGGAAGCUCGGUCUGAGUUCCCACAUUUUUCCUCACAGGGCCUUUGGGGCGUUUGGCCGCCAUUUCCUCUCUUGAGCCUGAGCGGACCAUUCCCCCUCAGACUCUCCCUUUGUGUCCCGCGCACGAGUCCCCGCUCCGCCCCCUCCCUCUGCCGCUCUCCGCGCGCUCUGUCCAACAGCUGAGGUCCGCUUCCCUCACGCUCUGCGCACGUGCGCCUGCGCGCUCAUAUCCCCGCCUUUCUGCUCACGCGCGCCCGGCACGCGCUCGGAGCCUGUUGCGGCUAUGGCCGCCCACAGCUACGUCAGCCUCUCGGCUCCCCCGCGAGAUUCCCGACUGGUUUCGGGUCUCCCCGCUCUCCCUCGGCUUCCCGCCUCCGGGAAACCCCCUCUCCGUCUCAGUCUAGGUCAAAUUUAAAGCCGCAGCACUCACCGCUGCCGCUGUCGCUCUCCGCGUGGUCUUCUUUCGGUCUUUUUUUGUCAACUUGCUGGUGUCCGCUGCAAUUUCUGUUUUCCCAUCUCAAGGGAAGAAUAAAGCAGUUAUUUUCCUUGCGUAGAGACCCACAUUGUGAAAGAUAAAGCUGGUACCCUGGGUGAGGCAUGGCCUCAUAGACUCCCAGGAAAGCAGGUGUAUAACAAGAUCAUCUGUUCUGGAGAAAGCUCAGUGGACUACCCUUCACAGAGCUUCCACAGGACCCCAUGAAGAGUCCCUCAAUCUGAGUUCCUCAGACACAUGAGCGAGAAACCCAAGGUGUGCAGUGCAGCUCAUCUCAGGUCACCACCAAGAACCAGCAGGAUAAGCCAUCCCUUUGCGGAUCUUCCUGCUCUACCACAUCCCAGACUUCAUCUAUCAUCAAAAAUAAGUCAUUUUUAGAAUCCUAUUUAGCAAUCCUCCACUCCCCCAGAUUUCCGCUUUACCCAUUAACACCUCCCCCUUCUCUACCUACUUACCCACCUCCUGGUCUGGCAUAAAGUCAGGAGCACAAACCCAUCUCUGCUAACAAUUGGACAGCCCCUGUAAGCGCUUGGGGUCCCAAGACCAUAUGGUUGUGCCCUGACCCUCUUGCCCCAAGAUGCCUCACAAAUCCAGCCAAGAGCAGUCCUAAGGGCUCGUCUCUGGCUGUAGUUUCAUGCUUAGAAGCCUCUGCUGCUGUCCAGGGUUUGUUAAUCACUCUCUUCUCACUUCCUGGUUAUUGGUGGUGGUGCCAGGAUCCCACGUGCUGCAGAAGGUGCGGAUGAAGCUCAUCAGCAGGGAGCAGUGCUUGGAGCAGAUCCCCGAGCUGGCGGAGAAUGCGCUGUGUGCUAAGCUGGAGAAAGGAGAAAGAGAAGCCUGUGAGAUGGACAGCGGGGGACCUCUGGUUUGCAGCUACUGGAAGACCAUGAAGUGGUUUCAGGUCGCUAUCGUCAGCUGGGGAGAAGAUUGUGCAGAAGAGCCAAACCAUGAGAUCUUAGUAUCUGUUUACAACUACCGCGACUGGAUUGAGACUGAAACAGCCAAGAGGGGGAAACCUUUCUUCACUGAAGGCAUAGAUAUCAGUGCACAUGCCAGGAUGGCUCCUUCCAGGGUGGUUCCUUCCAGGGCUGAGACACAGCUGGUGUUUCUUGAGUAUCCUCUUCUUUUAUUUAUCUCUUUAAUAGCAUUUAGAGUACUCUAGAGAGGAUUUUUCAAAACAUAAUAAAAGUCAGAACUACCAUCUCAUUCUUCUUUUGCUGCUUACCCAUAUAGUCGUGUCUCAGGUCAACCUGCCCCAUCUUGCUGAUGUGGACACAGACACCAAAAUGAGACCCCGCGGUGAGUCAGAGGAGCAAGGGAGAUGCUGGAAAGAUGCAAUGAGAGAUCCAGGACACAGGCAAGAGAAGCCAUAAUCCUCUGAAAAAACCACAGAUUUUCCAAACUGGUGGGUCACAUCGGGCCCAGUUGUUUGCUGAGCUCACAUGCCAAGUCAAGAUGUGGCAUCUGAAGGAGCUGCUCCCCUUGGAAAGCUGAAACCCUAAGAAAGGUCUUAGCUUUUUCAGUAUCUUAGCUGUUGGCAGGAUAGCUCUGGGUUAAUGUAACUUCCAGCUAAUUAUUGGCUGAAUUAAUAUAUUUUCUAUCUUACAGCUAAGUAUCUUCAGAGACCACAGCAGCUGCUCAGGUGAUAUUUGAAGCUCCUGGGACAUGACUGCGUGUCGAAUUCAGUGUCUAUUUAAGCCAGAAAAAGGACAAAAGAACUUUUGGGCAGUGUUGGAAAGUCUAGCAUCAUAGAACUAAUCAGUUGUAUUUACCUGGAUUGCAAAUGCUGGGUUUGGGUUAUUAAAGGCAAAAGAGAAAAAUUUGGCUGGGUAAGAGAACUGCUCCUGAGCCAUCGAUAAAAUGCUGUCUACAGAAACCCCUGGGCUUUGUAAUUAGCCAAAAUUAAUCCCUUGCAAGCAAAUGGUAAAUCAAAUUGAAAUAGCAUUGUUUUUUUUAAUCUGUUAGAGGCCUUUUACACGUGCUGCUGAGAGGUCCACAUCCCAGCCUGAGGUGGGACUGAGCUGGUCCUUCACGCGACGCGUGAUCCUUCAUUGCUUCUGCAGCAUCACAGUGCAUGGCAGAACGCAGCCUGGUCAUCACAAGGACGUUGCUUGUCUUGGAAGUGAUGGGGAAGGAGGCAAGCAGCAAGGUCUCCUUCGUGUCCCACCUUUGCAACAGCAUAAAAGCACCUGUAAUUUGCAGCAAUGAUAAAACUCAGUGAAUGUGCAAUGGGACAGAACCUCACAAAUUGGUUUUAAUUACCUUGAUAUUUUCUGGCUAGCUGGUGGAGAAGCCUUGUAAAUGAGAAUUAAUUCAUCUACCUUAAGCUAAUGCAAACCCAUCUUGGCAUAAAAGUCAGACUUUAUUUUCUGUGUUAUCUGAGCAGAAAAUAAUGCUUAAUUAUUAUUAGUUCUGAGUAAUGCUUAUGAAAAUUGCUCCACAUUAAUUUCACAUGGCUGACUGGCUAAUGGAUGCAUAAGGGUCUUGUAACCCUUUGCAAAAAGACUAAUAAAAGCUAAAAACAAGGGGAAUAUAUUACUUUAGCAGCUAUUAGUAGUAGACAGUGUCUGCUGGCAUUAAUACCUAUAUUUAUUUUCCUUUCUAUUAAUAAUAUAUCAACAGAUUCUAGAAGCUGUGGCAGGGGCUGGACAUCAGGAAAUAUUUCCUAAUGCUGCAAUCUAUUCAGCUACAGAAUUGUUUCCCCCAAAGGAAAUGAGAGAUGGCCUCCUGCUUGAAUUAUUUUAAUGUGGGGAUUGUAUGAAGCACUUUCGCCUGCAGCACAAGGCAUGGAAAAAGCCUGCCCUUACAGGCGACUGCAAAAGGACCCAGCAGGUCUUCUCCAUCAGUAGCACUUUGCAAACUGAUAAUGGUUGGUGUUAAAUGCAGGUGAUGCUGCUUAGUGGUUACAGCAGGGCACUGCUGCUGCGGGGGUCGAUCCCUCCUGCUGCUCAUUUACUCACUGGCUUUGGGGAAGGAAAGUUUGUGCUUCGUGCCUCAGUUUCCCUACUUGUAAACUGAGAUAAUGAAGGUGGUUCAUUUUGCUAUGUGGAAGCAUCAGUCCUACAAAUUUAAGACCAGGUAUGUAGCUGCAAAGGAAUAAAUGGGAAAGAGACUUUUCUUCCUUAUUUAAAACACCAUGAAAUUCAUUAAAGUGAAUACAUCUUUGCUACUACAUCCACUGUUCAAUAAUUAGGGCGAGAAAGGAGAUGUUUGUUUAAUAUUUCUGUGCUGUAAGUAGGUCUGAUGAAAGCACGCUGGUGCUGUGUUUUGUUUCAAAGGUGUUUGUGUUUUGAGAGAACACAUCACUUUUGAUUAUGGAUUUGAUGGGAAUGUGUUGGAGCCACACAAAAUCAAAAUGCAAUGUAUCAGCUUUGUCAUUAACAUUUCAACGUGACCCAUUAAUUUUUUAAGCUUUGUAA